UUUUGAAUGUGUGCCGGUGAUGAAAACUUAUUUUUUCCGCUCACUGAUGUCAUCCUCUGUGAACAAGAAGAGACUGAGCAAGCGAGGUUGCUGUUGCUUGUGUGCCUAGAAUUACCGAAUUUCGUUGAAAGAUACCGCUACUUUUCUUCAACGACGGUUUCGGAGACGAUAGACAGAGCAAAAGCAAGACAAGCAGCCAGAGCAGUUGAUUGUUGUUGUGGACGCAAGCACCGACCCAGACCAGCGAGCAGCAGCGAAGAGCAGAGGAACAAGCACACAUUCACACAAGGCGAAGAUGGCUGAGGACGAGGGUCGCAUCAUCAAACAAGAGGCCGACUACACGGAGGAGGUCGAUGCCUCGCUUCCCAUCGCUUCCUCCCUCGCACAGGAUGGAAAGCUGGACGAGGCCAUUGAGUCUCUCCUUCCUCUGGAGAAGAAGAGCCGCAUGGCCGCGGACAUGAAGUCGACAAGCCGCAUUCUCGUCCACAUUGUCACCAUGUGCUUUGAGCAGCAAGCAUGGGACAAGAUGCUUGAGAACAUUGUCAUGCUCAUCAAGCGGCGUGGCCAAAUCAAGAAGGCUGUGACCGACAUGAUCCGCAAGGUGUGCGAGUUUAUCGAGCAAGCGCCAGACAAAGCGACCAAGCUCAAGAUGCUCGAUACCGUGCGCACCAUCACCGCCGGCAAGAUCCAUGUUGAGAACGAGCGCGCGCGCCUGACACGCGAGCUUGCGCGCAUCAAGGAGGAAGAGGGCAACAUCGCAGAGGCUGCGGACGUGCUGCAGGAGCUGCAGGUGGAGACGUACGGCACGAUGGAGCGACGGGAGAAGGUCGAGUUCAUCCUGGAGCAGAUGCGGCUGUGUCUCGCCAAGCACGACUACAUCCGCGCGCAGAUUAUCAGCAAGAAGAUCAGCACCAAGUUCUUCAAGGACGAGAGCACGCACGACCUGAAGCUCAAGUACCACCGGCAAAUGCUCCAGCUCGCCGCACACGACAGGAGGUAUCUGGACAUGUGCAAGCACCACCGGUCUAUCUUCGACACCCCAUCUGUCAAGGCCGACGCUGAGGCUGCGAAGAAGGAGUUUCAGAGCGCGGUGCUGUAUCUCGUCCUUGCGCCGUACGACAACGAACAGGCCGAUCUCAUCGCCCGCGUCUCAGAGGACCCGGUGCUUGAGGACCUGCCGGAAGCGCAGUCGCUGCUGUCGGUGUUCACCACCGACGAAGUGCGGCCCUGGCGUGUGUUUGAGACGCAGUUUGCACCGUUCCUCCGCAGCACAGACGUGUUUGCCGCCACAGAGCAGGGCGAGAAGCAGUGGAGCGAACUCAGGGACCGCAUCAUCGAACACAACAUUCGCGUGAUGGCGAUGUACUACACGCGCAUGCGCACGUCCCGAAUGGCCGAGCUCCUUGACCUCACAGAGAAGGAUGCGGAGAAGUAUUUGUCGCGGCUGGUGACGCUCAAGACGGUGUAUGCGAAGAUUGACCGCCCUGCGCGCGUGAUUGUGUUCAAGCCGAAGCCAAAGGCAAACCAGGUGCUCAACGACUGGGGCAGCGGUCUCAGCCAUCUCAUGUCGUUGGUCGACAAGGCAACACAUCUCAUCCAGAAGGAGCGCAUGGUGCACCAGGUCUGAGCGCACACACGUGUCCACCCCGCCUCCUCCACCUCCGCGAGCCCACAUCUCAAGAACGCCGUGUUUGGACUCUGUGGCUUUGUUUUGCAGUUGCGUUUGAGGCGAUGGCGAGAGUGAUGAUGUGUUGCAUGUGUUAUCACAGUGCACGCGCCAUGCAAGCCUAACAUCACGAUCGCAGUCAAGUGCCCCUCCUUUUGUCGUUUGUGUGGUCCGAAGAAAUGAACCGAUGAGAGAUGAAUGGAAACGAGCUCAUUAAUGUAAUGUCAAC